AUGUAUAUUUAUUAUCGUUUAGAGCAUCAUUCAGAUGAAAGCAUCCAUACCAAUGUUGAAACAUGUAUUUUGGAAUAUUCUCAUAGAGUAGAUGCAAAAUAUCAAUCGCAAAAGAAUCAGGAAAUUUUACAGAACACAAUUCAAACAGAAUACUUCGUUUGCAAAGGUAAAGCCAUUAGUGAUAAUGAUGAUAAUUAUAUUGAGAAUGAAGAUUCUCUGGGACUUUCUGAUACGGAAGAGCAGACCAGUGCUUAUUCUAGUGAUAUAGAUGCUAAAGAAAACUUUGAAGUUCAGUAUCAAGAAGAACUUGAGAAAAUCCAUAUGCUUGAAAAGCAAAUAGAACAGAUGUGUCCUGGUAACUCAAGGCAAUAUGAAAUUGGCAAAAAAUAUGGUACCAAGUAUUCUAUUAAACCUACAACUACUACUUGUGUGAAGUUGCCUAAGGACAAUUCUAAGUUAGUUGCUAAAAGACAAUCAGGUGAUAUAGACUGGUCUUUGAGUGAUCCUGAACAGCCUAUUUCUAAAGUGAAAAGAUAUAAUUACUAUAAAAUUCCACAGAUUUUGCAUCUCAAACCAGAAGAAUAUUCUUCAUAUUUGAUUUUAAAACAUUGUAACGAUGCUAUAUAUCGUUAUACAGAUCCAAAACUUAUUGAAUCUGUUAUUGGAAAGUUUAAGGAAAAUAAUCAAUCUUUUCUGAAAACAAUCAGUGACUGGGCAAUAUAUGAAAUAUUGUGGUGGAUAAUUAAUAAUCAUUGUGAAUAUUUACGCAAAUCUGUUCAAAACAAAUUAGCCGUAAAAGGAUCAAAGGGCAAACCAAAAAUGUUAGUCAAUGUACACAAAAGAAAAAAAAUUUCUUUAUGCAAAGGUGUUUCAAAUAACAAUAAUGGUGAUGAUGGGCAUAUCCUAAGUAAUGACAAUGGGCAUAUCCUAAGUAAUGACAAUGGGCAUAUCCUAAGUAAUGAUGAUGAGCAGAUUUCGAAUCAUGAUGAUAAGCAAAUCUUAUAUUACAAUGAUGAGCAAAUCUUAUAUUACAAUGAUAAGCAAAUCUCAAACCAUGACAAUGAGCCAACCUUGAAUAACAACAAUGUCUCUAAUCCUGAUCAAGAUGACCAAGAACAAGAGAAUAGAAGACUUAAGGAUUCAAGUAACAAUAUUAUCAACAUGAAACCUAUUUCUGGAUUUACUG